GGCUAGCACAGCAUAAAAAGUACUCGGUUUGUUAGCCAACAACUAAAGGUUAACGUUGUAGCUGUGAGCACCCAAGAUGUGCAAUUGUCUUGCGGUUUGCAGAACAAACCGUGUAGUUAUUUAGCUAGUGUGGGUUGCUUAGAUUAUCUCUAACUGAACGCUAGCAAAUCAAGGCGGGUUGCAGCCUGUUUAUCUGCUAGUAUGGAGUCUGACGACGAUGUGCCUCUCAUCUUGACCUGGGACGAAGCAAACAGCGGUCUGCUCAACGAGGAGACAGAGAGGGGAGACGAGAACGGAGGUGGAGGCAACUAUGACAUAGUGAACAAUGCUGUUAUCUCAACACCUGGGCCACAAAACCAUAGAGCCCAAAGUGUGUCAUUACGGCAAAGCUGGGAGAUGAACUACCAAGAGGCAGCCAUCUACCUGCAGGAAGGAGAGAACAAUGAUAAGUUCUUCACCCACCCUCGAAACCCAAAGGCAUUGGCAGCGUACCUGUUUGCCCACAACCACUUGUUCUACAUGAUGGAGCUGCUGACAGGCCUGCUGCUGAUGAUGUUGUCACUGUGCGAAGCUCCCGCUGUGCCCUCACUGCGCCUGGAUGUAUACGUCCAUGCCACUCUGGAGCUGUUGGCUUUGGUUAUGGUAGCAUUUGAGCUAUGCAUGAAACUCCGCUGGUUAGGCUUCCACACCUUCAUACGACACAAGAGGACCAUGGUGAAGACGUGUGUGUUGCUGCUACAGUUUGUGGAGGCCAUAGUGGUUCUGAUCAGACAGACGUCUCAUGUGCGAGUGACCAGAGCUCUCAGGCCGAUAUUCCUGGUGGACUGCAGAUACUGUGGUGCCGUGCGCAGAAACUUGCGUCAGAUCUUCCAGUCCCUCCCACCUUUUAUUGACAUCCUCCUGCUGUUGCUUUUCUUCAUGGUUAUAUUUGCUAUGUUGGGUUUCUGCCUUUUCUCUCCCAACACUGCUGACCCGUACUUCAACACUCUGGAGAACAGCCUCGUCAGUCUUUUUGUGCUGUUGACCACAGCAAAUUUCCCUGAUGUGAUGAUGCCAGCGUACUCCAAGAACCGCUGGUCCUGCGUCUUCUUCAUUGUUUACCUCUCCAUAGAGCUUUACUUCAUCAUGAACCUGCUCCUGGCAGUCGUGUUUGAUACAUUUAAUGACGUUGAGAAGAUGAAGUUUAAAUCUCUUCUGCUACACAAACGCUCUGCUAUCGACCAUGCCUUCCAGCUGUUAGUUAGCCGACAGAGGCCGAUGGGUGUGUCGCUGAAACAGUUUGACGGUCUGAUGCGUUUUUACCGACCACGCAUGUCUGCGAGAGACCGCUUCCUCACCUAUAAAGCUCUUAACACCUCAGGGGCUCCUAUGCUCAGUCUACAGGACUUUUAUAAGUUCUAUGAGGUCACUGGCCUUAAAUGGAAGGCACGACGCAGUGGAGAACAUUGGUUUGAUGACCUUCCACACACGACCUUCCUCAUUUUCAAAGGGAUCAACCUGCUGGUGAAGUCUAAAGCCUUCCAAUAUGCCAUGUAUGUGGUGGUGGCCAUCAAUGGUGUGUGGAUCCUAGUGGAGACGUACACACUGAAUAGUGGAUUUUCCUGGUCCAGAUUUGUUCCCUGGAGUUACAUUGUUUUCCUGACCAUUUAUGGUGUAGAGGUGUUAUUGAAAAUAACAGGUUUGGGGCCAAUGGCUUAUUUCAGCUCUGGGUGGAAUCUGUUUGACUUCUCAGUGACAGUGUUUGCCUUCCUGGGCCUCAUUGCACUUGCCUUCGAUAUGGAGCCAUUUUACUUUAUUGUAGUGCUCAGACCACUUCAGCUACUCCGGUUGUUUAAGAUAAAGCAGAGGUAUCGUAAUGUCUUGGAUACCAUGUUUGAGCUCUUCCCCAGGAUGGCAAGUCUGGGGUUGACUUUAAUCAUCUUCUAUUACUCCUUUGCAAUUGUGGGAAUGGAGUUCUUUGCAGAUGUGGUUUACCCCAACUGCUGCAACACCAGCACAGUCGCAGACUCCUACAGACAGAUCAACGUCACAUAUGGCAAUAAAACAGUGUUGGAAGAAGGCUACUAUUAUCUCAAUAACUUCAACAACAUCCUCAGCAGCUUUGUGACUCUGUUUGAACUGACUGUGGUCAAUAACUGGUACAUCACCAUGGAAGGAGUGACCUCUAUGACAAGCCACUGGAGCCGUCUGUACUUCAUGACCUUUUACAUAGUUACCAUGGUGGUGAUGACCAUCAUUGUGGCGUUCAUUCUGGACGCGUUUGUGUUCCGCAUGAACUACAGCCGCAAGAACCGGGAACCACUAGAGAACCCAGAGGAUGAGAACGGAAUCGUGUUUGAAGUAGAGGUGAGUCGAGAUGAAGCUCUAGCCACUCUAGAGCUGUACAAACAGACAUGUCCAGGACAGUCAUCCCUCAGCUCUCUACAGGGAGUCCUACAAGCUAUGGACAGGAGUGGGCACUCGUCUCUGGUGUACCUAGGUCGCAGGUCUAGGACGAAGAGUGACCUCAGCAUGAAAAUGUAUGAGGAAGAGAUGCAGGAGUGGUAUGCAGAGUAUUCAAGGGAAAACCUGCCUCAACCAGACCAAAGCCUGGAGCGGAAUCUGGACAGUCCUGUCUCUGACCCGUCUCCCUUCCCAGAGCCACAGCUCAACUCACAGACUGGACCUCACAGCAUCAACUAACGCAGUUUGCAAGCGGUACAUACACACCACCAUCUCAGCGUUUUAUUAAUGCUAAGAAACCCCAUCACUCCAGGUCUUUUCCAGUUGCCCCACACUCACUGUUUGCAACAGUGAGAAACUUGCCCGGGGUCUUUCGGACUGAUGUGAGAGGGAGAUGAGUGAAUGUCACUGCAGACAGGAAGACAGCAGUACAGGUCUAUUGCUCUGACGGGAGCGUUGAGCGUUGCCCCUUUUUUCUGGCCUUUUAAAGACUGCCGCAAAUGUUAUGAGGGAGCCUGUACUACCACAGUAUGUUGUGUACGUGUACUGCUGUAGGCCUUUUGUGAAUUCUAGUAAAUCAUGUAGUACUUAAACCUGAUGCCUUAGUUUAAUGGCUCAUCCGAUCAGUAUUAACACAGACACUACUAAGCUGUCCUAAGACCAAAAGUAUAAAGACUUACACUCCUUUUAGCUCAAAACAAUUACAGUGUAUCUCCUAACUAAUGUCUCAAUGGACUCAAAGUGUUUUACUUUUAUAUAACUUCUUAUUCUGUAAUGUAUUUGAGUUAGUUAAUAAGGGAUUUUAAUAAACUGUUCGAAUUGUCAAGUG